UCUUUCCUUUAUUUUGUAAACACCUUCAUCAUUGUUGCAAAUGAUGUUUUCCGUAAAUUUUGUAGAGCCCUGAGGAUGGAAAUAAAUUUAUUCUCGUCUUGACGAUGACGAUUUGAAAAAUUUCUCUCUCUCUUUGAAUUCUUGAGUGCAAAGUUUUAAUUACAACAGAUGUUUUCAAGUGGUUAAAUAUUGAAAAUUUCAUCUAUAAUCAAUAUCAAUAAAUAAGAAUUCACUUCCCAUAUCCACAGGCAUUUGUUCCUGAUGCUUUUCAUGUUUUUAAUUUUUCUUAACCGUUAACAAUAACAUUGGUUGAUGAAAAGUUCAAUAUAAAGCAUAAAAAAAACAAUAUAUGGAAAUAAACCUAUAAUAGAGAUAUUGUCAAGACGAGAAUAAAUUUUUUCUGAACAAGAUGCAGGUAAAUUGAAAAGCUUUUUGGACAUAUGAGUGAAAAAAUCCUCAAGAUCUCGUCUGAAAAAGCCUCAGUAAGAUCACGAUAGAAUAUAGAUGACUCGGUGUUACUCCUCUGGAUUGCUAACAGAACAUCAUAUUCCUCAAGUAUUUCACCACAUCUUUUAACGUUAGUGUUAGAAAUUUUCUGUUGCAGAACGUUAAAUUCCUUCAUAUACAAAUUGUAAUGCUCCAUAACAGGCUCAGAUUUGAUGAAACUCAUUACAACCUUUUCUACAUUCUCCGUUUUCAGUUCCCUAUAUAGACAAAAUGAUACCUAUUAUGAUCUUAAGACUUUCAAACUUUCUAGUUUGAAAACACCUGUGAGCCACGCUCAACCAAACAUUUCAACGUAUAUUUGCUCCACGUCUAAGAAGCAAACGCAAUAAAUCAAAAUUUUUAUACACAGCUGCGCAUUCUAAAGGGGUUUAGUUAACACAAUCCUUUGCAUUUAUGUUAAUGCCUUUUUUCAGUAGCAACUUCACGACUGCUAAAUGGGUUUUGUUUGAGAAAAACAGUGCCAAUCGAUGCAGUAUAUUCUCUUCUUUGCAGUCUCUACAGUUUACUUGGCAUCCAUGGUCUAAAAGCUUCUGUAUAAACUCGAUGUCUUCAGGUCGUUCUGUAACUGAUUUGAACAAAAUAGUCCUUCCCAUCUUGUCUCUUUCGUUGAUGUCGAUUUCAUACAAAAGGAGAUUAACAGUUUUGAGGAAGAUUCAAAAUAUAAGGUAGAGAAACCCGAAUGACAAUAGGAACUAACAUCCUUAUUGCCCGAAAUUUGAAAAGUAAGUACAGAAAAAAUGAGCGCCAAAAAAAGGUCAUAUUUUUGAGACUACUGCGCUAAUUCUGGUCUUUAUUGUUAACGUUCGGAAUGAUGUUUCUUUCAAUGGUAGCUUGCCAGGUAGUAAAAUGUUUGACUUCAGUUAUGAAAUGAGUGCCUUCGUGACCAUACCUACUUUUCUGUUCACGUGAAAACCCAAAAUGUUGUCGUCGACCAUCGAUUCAACAAGUUACAACCAAAACUGUAUUCAUGUAUUGUUAUUUUAUUUUGCAAUAUUGAAAUUAGUGUAUUACGUAUUGAACUCUGGCUGGACGGUAACAGUGAAAAAACUUUUCAAUGUAAGAAUGUUUAAUUGUUUUUUGAAGCUAAAAUUUUUCCAAUGUUCCAAUGUUUUGUAGUUCAGGUUAUUCGAGAUUAUAGUUUCUACUACUAUUUUAUUUGUUGUGCUGUUUUAUAGAAUUUUUGGUUAGUUACAUUCUACGUAUUCUUAUGAUAUUUGACAGUAUUCAUUUUUUGUUAGAAAUGAUAGGUAUGUUUCGUAAUAGGCUCUAUAUUUUUUUUUAAUUUCACUUCAAAUAAUAACCUGUCUAACUGUUUUAUGGAAAAACUCAUAUGUGCUCUUUUAAGUGGACCACCCUGAUUAUUUAUUCACUAAAAAUAGUCCGAAACGUAUGCCAAUGUUAGUUUAUUCAUUCGAAUUAUGAGCUAUUCUCUUAAAUUGUUGUUUUCUAAUAUUCUUCUUGAAUUUUCUAUGGUUCUGAUUAUUUGAUCUACUUGAAAUUCUGCAUGAAGCUUGAAAUUUUCAUAACUACAGCUUAAAUCUAUUUUCUCCUGUUUUGUAGUCACGAAGAUAUAAGGUAAUUUUUAAUAUUCUUCUUGAAACUUUGUUUGUUCUAUUGACGCGAUCAACUUUCAGUUUUGUAUUUUUCUUUUGUCUGUGCCUUCUCCAUCAUUGGAGGUCAGUCAUAAUGGUAUUUCUUGAUCUGUAGCAGCUCUAACAAGGUACCCAAAGUUCAAGGCUCUCCAAUUUCUGGGUCCAAUACAUCAAAAUAACAAGCUACGCAAAUGUCAACCAAGUGGUGACAGACGUCACCCUGUAUGGGUGGUGCUAUAAUAUCAAGAACUCAUAGUGAACCAAAAACUAUUGAACUUUUAUGUUAUUUCCAGAGAUUCAACACUUCGAUAAACCCUCCUACCUCACUUUUAGAGAAGCUUUCAAAUCUGGGAUGUGAUAUUAACUUCAUAGACUUCACUAGAGAUGAUGUAUUGCACAGAUUGGCUUUUGAAGAUUGUUCAUCAGGUCUAUAUUUGCGAGCAGUUGAGUUGUUGCUAGAAGAAAGAGGUGGUGACAUCUUAGAAGCCAGAGAUGAAUUUGGCGGGACACCACUAGAAACUGCUGUUCUGCUCAUGAAUCUUGAUUUGCUGCGGUUGCUUCUAAGGCGUGGAGCAAGUAUGAUAUUGAGCGAUAAUCUAAACGUAGCACAAUAUUCAUUUGAGAAAAAGAGAUUUUCAUGUCUUCACGCCAUCAUCAAGUUCUGCCUGGUGAAGAAGUUGCAAGGGAAAGUAGUGGACGAGUCUGUUAUCAAUUUUAUCGAAUUGCGAAUGGUUGAAAGGCAUUACAAGUUGUGUUGGAAGCAAAUCAUCGCUUUAAAGAUGCAUAAAAUUGAUAAUACAAACUUGUCGAUCCACUUCUUCCUCUUCAAACCACUGAGAGUUGUCGCAAAAUAUAUGAAGAAUGAAGAUGUCCUAAUGGGAACCCAGAGUAAGAUUAUUGGUCUUUCUGAAUAUCAUUAUGAUAUAGUAGAAGUUCGGAAAGAGGCGAUAAUCAGGAGAAAUUUAGAGGAUGAUGCUUCGAACACCUUCAAAAAUGUUUUUGGAUUGCCAGGUGCAUGUUCAGAAGUCAUCAUCUCGUAUCUUGAAAAUAAAGAUUUAAGGAAUUUCUCUGAUACUUGGAAACUGUGACAUCUCAAGUUGCGACACUAUGAGGAUCUGAGAGCAACUUGGAUGGCAGCUGGUGGAGGUACUGCAAAUGUGAUAAAGCCAAUGUGAUAAAACUACUGUGAUAAAAAAAGAACUGUUAUAUAUUUGAUAAUUUUUGAAUUCGUUAAUUGAACUUUUAAUGAACUUAACU